AUGAAAGCGAAGGGAGAUAGUCAAAAUAACUCAAUUCCAGCAAUAGAUGUGAAAAUAACAGAAUAAAGUUAUCAAAGCAAAGAAAAAAGUCCUAAGGACUGUAUGGGCUCUCCAGAUAUUUAAAGAGUUAUGCCAUUUAAUGAUAAUUAAGGUCCUUAAGAGCAAAUCAUACCAUAGUCGUAGUCAUAUAAGUUCUAUAUCAAUAGUUCACCUAACAAGAAAGAUAAAAGAUUUGCAAGAAAUUAAAUAAAAACCUCCAAAUACACAUGGUACAAUUUCAUUCCAAAAAAUUUAUACCUUCAGUUCUCUAAAGUUAACAAUGCUUACUUUCUAGUAAUUUUAGUUCUGUAAGUGCUUAAAUACGUCAGUCUUACUGGAGGAAAACCCUCAGUCCUACUAGGUCUUAGUACAGUUAUUUUAAUCAGUGCUGUAAAAGACAUAAUUGAAGAUAUCAAAAGAAGCUAAUCUGAUAGCUAGGAAAACAAUUCUAUAACUGAGGUUUAUGAUAAAUAUUCAAAAGCAUUUACUAAGACAUAAUGGAGAAACGUUAAAAUAGGAUAGAUCGUCAAAAUACAUAACCGUCAAAACUUCCCUGCUGAUCUACUAAUGGUUGGUAGCUCUAAUUAGUAAGGAAUCUGCUACGUUGAAACAAAAGGACUUGAUGGAGAAACAGCUCUUAAAACCAAGAAAUAGAUGCAAUAAUCUAGCAUUAUUGGCAAAAUCAGCGAAGAUAACUUAUACCAGCUUGAAGGUACAAUUGAGUGUGAAUUCCCGAAUGAUUACAUCUAUAGAUAUUAAGGCAUAAUAAAUCUGCAAUCUUAGGAGAUUGGAAGGGUAUAAUAAGAGGUGAUUUCAAUUGGUAUUGAUAAUCUCUUACUCAGAGGAUCAAGUCUAUAGAACACUGAUUACAUUUUUGGGAUUGUAGUUUAUGCAGGUCACGAUUCCAAAGUAAUGAAAAAUUCAAAAUCGUCUAGGACUAAGUUUUCCAGAAACGAUAAAUUUAUAUACAGAUAAACCCUUUUCAUGCUUAUUGUACAAUUCUCACUCUGCUUGUUUUGUUCCUUGUACGGAGCUUUUUUAGAUCAGGGCAACUAAACUACUAAAAAGUAUUUGCAAGUCUAAUAAUUGCAUUCUAAUUCUCACUUGAAUAUUCUCUUAAUGACAUUGCAAAAUCUAGGCUAUUGGUUUCAGAUACUAUAACAUCUUAUACCGAUAUCUUUAAUUAUUACGUUAGAGUCCGUUAGAUUUAUUUAUGCAUUCUUUAUCUCUUGGGAUGCUGAUAUUUAUGACAUCUAAAAUGAUCGACCUCCCAAAAUAUAGUCGAGUAACUUAAAUGAAGAGCUAGGCUAAGUCACUCAUAUCUUUUCAGAUAAGACUGGAACCUUGACAUAGAAUAUCAUGAAUUUCAGAUAAUUUAGUAUCGGAAAAUAUUCCUACGGAUUUUCAUCAGGUGAUUAUAAUUCUGAGAUGAUCCGAAGAAAUGUAGAUUAUUUAAAUCAGGGUAUCACAAAUGUAAAUUUUGAUGAUGAAAGCUUCUAUGAGAAUCUCUAUGAUAAGAAUAGUGAAAAUAAUGAAUAAAUAAAUGAAAUGCUCUUAGCUAUGGCUUUAACGCAUGAAGCAGUAAUAGAUAAACAUUCGGAAGAUGGAAAAAUCUGCUAUAACUCUAGUUCUCCUGAUGAGUUAGCAUUGGUAAAUGCAGCAGCAUUUUUUGGAUUUAGGUUUAUUAAAAGAGAUAAUCUUGAAGGUACAAUAAGUAUAUUGACCAGAGACUGCAUGAUCAGAACAUUCAAAAUACUGAACACAUUUGAAUUUGAUUCUGAUAGGAAAAGAAUGUCUGUUAUUGUCUAAGAUGAAAACUAAGAUAUCAAAAUGUAUAGUAAGGGUGCAGAUUCAGUCAUGUUGGAAUUGCUUAAUAAAGAUUUCAACAAUAUGAGGCUAAGUUCUACCACUCAAGAUUUUCUGAAUGAAUAUGCAAAUCAUGGUCUAAGGACUUUAGUUUAUGCUUCAAAAGAUAUUGAGUAGAUUGAGUAUGAAAUAUUUAAGGAAAAAUUUACUAUAGCAGCCAAUUCAAUUAAUGACAGGGAAUAACAGCUUAGUAAAGUUGCUUAAUACAUAGAAAAAGAUCUAAACCUAUUAGGUUCAACAGCAAUAGAAGAUGUUUUGUAAGAGGAUGUAGAGCAGACAAUUAUGGAUUUGAGGAAAGCAAACAUAAAAGUAUGGCUAUUAACAGGUGAUAAAGUAGAGACUGCUGUUAGUAUAGGCCAUAGCUGUUCCUUAUUAAGUACAAAAAUUAAUGAUGUAAUUAUUUCUCAAGAAAAUUCUUUCGAAUUAAUGUCGAAACUAAACAAUAUCAAAGAGGAAUAUCUCUAAAUAGGUUUUAAAAAAGAUUAUUCUCUGAUUGUCACUGGAUCUGCUUUAAUCUUAAUUAUGGAAGAUGAUAGUUUAAAAAUGGAAUUUCUAGAUAUUGCUAAAUGCUCUAAAGUCGUUUUAGCUUGUAGAGUCUCGCCAAAACUCAAAGCAGAUAUUGUUAGACUAGUUAAAUAAAAUAUUCCAAAUGAGAUUACCUUAGCAAUUGGUGAUGGGGCUAAUGACGUUAGCAUGAUUACUGAAGCUCAUAUUGGUAUUGGAAUUAGUGGUAAAGAAGGAUAAUAAGCCUCUAGAGCAUCUGAUUAUGCUAUUGGAUAAUUUAAAUUCCUUAAAAAUUUACUCUUUGUUCAUGGAAGAGAAUCAUAUAGAAGAAAUUCUUAUUUAAGCUUCUACAUGUACUACAAAAAUAUCAUAUACAUCUCUUCAUAGCUAUGGUUUGCAUUUCUCAACUAAUUCUCAGCACAGACAAUAUUCGAAUUAUGGAUUUAGCAAGUAUACAAUAUUAUUUUUACAUCACUACCGGUGAUAUGGUUUGCAGUAUUUGAUUAAUAGCACUCAAGAAAAUAUUUAUUAAGCAAACCAUCUACUUAUAAGAAGGGUCCUCAAAAGAGGCAUUUAAAUUCUAAAGUAUUUUGGGCUUAUGUUUUGUAUGCUUUCUCCCAAUCUUUAUUUGUGAUGUAUAUGGCAUGCUAUUCUUUUGAAAGCUCAGUAAAUCCAGAGGGUAAUCCAGCUUCAUUUUGGAUAUUGGGCUAGAUUAUAUAUUGUGCUAUUGUUUUCAUUGUUAAUGUUGAGAUUUUUUAUCAAACCUACAGCCACUCAAUUUUCAGUAUUGUAUUUGUCUACUUAUCAAUCCUAAGCUUUUUCAUAUUUUACAAAAUAUAGGAUUCUGUAAAAUUCAUUCCUGACAUGAAAGGGACAUUUUUCUUUAUUUGGAGAUGUCCUGCAUUUUACUUUAUGUUUAUCUUCAUUUUUUGCUUCCAGAUUAUUUUACAAAACGCAAUAAGAUGGGCAUAUAAUGUUUAUAAGUAGGCUCUAAGGAAGUCUGAUUUUACAUAAAUUGUUCUGAAUAUUGUUGAAACUGAUAAAAAUGAUAAUCCCAAUCAAAAUUCUCCUUAAGAGGAUAAUCUGUUAUAAGACAGUAGGAGAAAAAGAGGGAAAACAUUUUCAAUUGACUUUGACUUUUAUAAGAGAAUUUAAUCAGUUAAGGAAGUCUAAUACACAAACAACUUUUUGAUUUCACCAAGCAAGAGAAAGCAUAAGCUAAAUAAAAGAAUGUCCCUUAAUCUUGAUAACACUGAUUAAUAAUUAGAUCCUGGGAAUAGUAUGGUAGAUGAGGAUUUUAAUUGUCUAUAAGAUCUAGAAGCAAAUGAUUUCUCAAAAUUGGAAGUUGCUGAAAAAAUCAUUUAAAACAAAAAUUAAAUAUGA